ACUAACUCUAUAUUCAUGUGCUCGAUCUUGCAGUUGCUCAAACUCCCCACAGCAACUCCCGGGCACACCAGCCCUCCAUCGCCUCCACAGCUUCAGCCGCUGAGCGCAAUGCCACGGAGUGAAAACAGGCGCAGCGCCUGCUCCGUUCACAGCACCAUGUGGAGGUCAUGCAGUAUCUUUUGCGCAUGGACUCUGCUCUUCCUCACAGAAGUCUGUGCGCAGUCUCAGCGGAGAACAAUCUUUACAUGUGGCGGAAACAUCACAGAGGAGUCUGGAGUCAUCGGAAGCCAAGGUUACCCAGGAGUUUACCCUCCAAACACCAAAUGUGUGUGGAGAAUCACAGUUCCUGAAGGCAAGGUGGUCGUACUGUCAUUUCGCUUCAUUGAUCUGGAGAACGACAACCUUUGUCGCUAUGACUACGUGGAUGUACACAGUGGUCAUGUCAAUGGGCAGAGACUUGGUCGUUUCUGUGGGACCUUCAAGCCCGGAUCCCUCGUGUCCACAGGCAACAAGAUGCUCCUGCAGAUGGUGUCUGAUGCCAACACUGCUGGCAGUGGCUUCCUUGCAGAUUUCUUUGCUGGCCAUUCUCAUGAGAGAGGUGACCAGUACUGUGGAGGCAGACUUGAUAAGCCGUCUGGGUCUUUCAAAACACCUAACUGGCCUGAAAAGGACUAUCCAGCCGGUGUCACCUGCUUCUGGCAUAUAGUGGCUCCAAAAAACCAGAUCAUCGAAGUAAAGUUUGAGAAGUUCGACGUGGAGCGGGACAACUACUGCCGCUAUGACCACGUCUCCAUUUUCAAUGGGGCAGAAAUAAAUGACGCCAAAAGAAUCGGCAAAUACUGCGGAGACAGCCCCCCAGCGCCAGUGUUCUCGGAGGGGAAUCACCUCCUGAUCCAGUUCUUGUCCGAUCUCAGCUUGACUGCGGAUGGCUUCAUCGGACACUACAAGUUCAGACCGAAGAAGCUGCCCAUCACCACCACACCACCAACCACCACCACACAGCCGGUCACUACUAGGCCCAUACCUCUGAAGUACUCCGCCGCCUUGUGUCAGCAGACGUGCAAAAGACAAGGAACCCUUGAGAGCAAUUACUGCUCCAGCAAUUUUGUGAUAACUGGAACGGUCAUUACUGCGGCGAUGAGAGGAGGAAGCAUGUACGCCACCAUCUCCAUUAUCAAUGUGUAUAAAGAAGGCAGCCUGGCAAUCCAGCAGGCGGGGAAAACAAUGAGCAUCAAGAUCAUUAUCCUGUGCAAAAAGUGUCCAUUAAUCAGACGAGGCUUGAACUACAUCUUCAUGGGUCAGGUGGACGAGGAGGGCCGGGGGAAGAUCGCCCCGCACCACUUUGUCAUGGCCUUCAAGAAGAAGAACCGAAAAGGACUAAAUGUUCUGAAAAACAGGCAGUGCUGAUCUUUCCCCGUUGCGCAUUGAGGAUCUCCGUGGUGCUGUUCCUGCCUGAAAAGGCUCAGCUGUGGAUGGAAACAACUAGGCAGGAAACAAAGCUCCUUUUCAAUGACACAAAACCAAAGCUGGGUGCAGAGCCGGCGCAGCAAAACAAUGAAUGUGUAUGUUUCAUUAAAUUAAGGGUAACACACAUUGGUUCAUUUAUUAGGACUUUUUUUUGCCAAUUGGGCACAUGCACCCUUGAGUAAUUGCAGGUUGUCUCCUGUUUAAAAGAACAGCUUGUCAUUUAGUUGUUUAAACUAAGAUUAAUGAGCAAAAAAUGAGUUCAAAUUUCUUCUUCUAUCCACAGAUUGUUCCCUGCAUUCCUGUCAUGAUUCUCACAGAGAUUAAAUUGUAGCCACUUAGAAAAACAUUCCUCCAUUUAUUUAUUUAUUUUUUUUGGCUGCACAUCUGUUCUGGUAUCCCAAAGUGGCACUUUCAUUUUAACACGAAUCCAAGCUACUUUUUAAUAUUUAAAAAAAUUAAAGCUGUGGACUAUAAUGUGAAAAAAGGCUUCUUGAAUUUGACAUUCUUUUCUAAAAUGUGAUGUGAUUUUUUUUAAUUUUUUACAAUCAGCUAAAAAUAUUCUGUUUAAUUUUUAGGAACAGUUUAGAUGUUGUAAAUGUGGUGACUAAAGUGCAAUAAUUAUUCAUUCUUAAAAAUGGUUUUCCAAUUUUAUGUUAAAAUACUGACAUUUAUUGACGCAAACCACCAGUAUCAGCUCAUGUCAUUUAAAUACUGUCACCUUUUUAUUAAUUCAAUUAUUUUCAUAUACAUAAGAUUAUAAAUAUUAUUUAUAAAGCAUUGUUGUUAUCCUACCUAAUAAAACUCUGACAUUUUC